GGAGACACAGAGACACAGAGAGAGAGCGAGAGAGCGAGCAAGUAAGCAAGCAAGCAGCUGCUGCUGCUUCUUCUCGCGGAUUGAUCUGCGCUAAAGGAAUAUUAUUUACAUUGAAGUUUGUGCCUCGUAACUUGCACUAUGACGACUACUGAGGUGAAAAGGCCGAGCUCAGAGCAGAGGAAGGUGCGUCUACGUGAUGCAGCUCGCUGUAGGCGGAGUCAGGAGACGGAGGUGUUCUACGAACUUGCCCACUCGUUGCCCCUGUCACGCCGCAUCACCUCCCACUUGGACAAAGCUGGGAUCAUGAGGGUGACCCUCAGCUACCUGCGUAUGCGCCACCUUCUCCACUCAUCAUGGACUAAGGCAUCGGCAGCGGAGGAGGAAGAGGAGGAUCCCACUGAUGCGUUCUAUCAGCAGGCCCUCGCUGGCUUUAUCCUGGUGUUGAAUGAAGACGGGGACAUGGUCUUCCUCUCUGACAAUGUCAACAAGUUCAUCGGCAUCACUCAGCUGGAGUUGCUUGGCCAAAGUGUGUAUGAGUAUGUCCAUCCAUGUGAUCAAGAGGAGCUGAGAGACCUUCUUACCACCAAACCUGGACUCUUUAAGAAGAAGUGUGAGAGUUGUACAGAGUGCAACUUCUUCCUGAGACUGAAAAGCACACUUACAAGCCGUGGCAAGACCGUGAACAUCAAGUCUGCCACCUGGAAGGUGGUUCACUGCACAGGCCGCAUGAAGACCCUAAAUCAGGAAGGGGAAGGCUCAUCCCCUGUGGGGAGCUACAUGACUCUGCUGUGUGAACCCAUCCCCCACCCGAGCUGUGUGGAGUUCCCUCUGGACAGCAGCACCUUCCUCACACGCCACAACAUGGACCUGCACUUCAUCCAGUGUGAUGGCCGGGUGACUGAACUUGUUGGAUACCAUCCCAAUGAUCUGAUUGGCCGGUCUGCCUAUGAUUUUUUCCAUGCACUUGAUUUUGAUCAUCUGACAAGGAGCUUGCAUGUUUUGCUCUCCAAAGGUCAGGUGUGCACUAACCUUUACCGCUUCCUGGCUAAGAAUGGAGGAUUUGUUUGGACUGAGACCCAGGCAACAGUGCUCUACAACAGCAAGACCUCGCAGCCUGAAGCUGUGGUGUGCCUCAACUUCAUCCUCAGUGCGGUGGAGGAGGCAGACACUGUGUUCUCCGUUGAGCAGACACGCAGUGAGGUGAAUCAGGACGAACCGAACGUGAUUGAGGUGGAGGACUCUGAGGAUGACGUGAGUAGCAGUAGCCGCAGCAGCAGCAGCAGUGAGCUUUUCCACAGAUUUAAGAACGAUCCUGAGGAUCUGCUGCAGCUGGCACCAGCCCCAGGAGAUACCAUCAUACCACUGACAGUGAAUACCGAGUUGUUCUUUUGCCCACCAUCCAGCCCCACCACAGUGCCCAAAUGUCCAAAGGAGCUGUGUACCCCCAAACUCCGCCAGCUCCUCUCGCCCAUAUUCGACAGCAGCUGCCCCUCCUCCCCUGAUCUGAGCUCGGCCGACGAGGUUCCCAUGGACACCGGUGAGGUGGAGAAGUUCUUUGCCAAUAAGCCAGAAGAGACUCAGAAAGAGCCAGUGCAGGAGCUGGAUGACAUGGAUCUGGAUAUGUUGGCACCGUACAUCUCCAUGGAUGAAGACUUCCAGCUGACCUUCCUGCCCCAGUUACCUGAGGCAGAGACACAGGCUACUGAAGCACCAAGCACAGCUUCUAAGAAAAGAGGCCUGGAGGAAAAGGAAGACAUGCCAUCUCUAACAUCCAAAUGGGAGAAGAGACUGAAGAACUGCCCCAUAGAGGAGGAGUUUCUGCUCACACCCUCCUCGCUGAUGGACUUGCAGGUUUCAGGUGAUUUAGAAGAGCUGGAUCCUGAGCGUUGGAAACAGAGUCAGCUACUGACAGACCGAGACCCUGUGCUGGGAGGAACACAAGCACUGUGUGAUACAGGAGCUUUGAUGAGCGAUUCUUUCUCAUCACAACCACCUGAUUUAAUGGCUCGUCUAACUGGGACUAUAUCACUCGUUUGAGGAGAGAAAUGUAACGGGAAUCAUGAAGCUACAACGAAGGUGCUUUGUCUUUAUUAUGAAUUCAUAAUAAAAAUGUGUAAUGGUCACAACACAGUUCAAGAAAUUCUGGUGAUCCAUCACCUGUGUAUUAAAACCACUUAUGAAAGAACAGAUUCUUUGCUGGUUUCUCUGAAGCUGAUAAGUAGCAGAACGGGUUGCGAGAACCGAGUUCACUUUAGUUGAGCAGAAUUAGUCAUGGUGUCGAUAUCAGCCACACCAUGCACCUCAAACUCAAGCAGAGCUAGCUGAUGCUGUGAAACAACGACCGUGCAGAUACCAACACUUACACAAAACAAUACAGAACUCUGUGUCCGAUGACAAGUUUGGAAAAUGUCGUGCAAUUUCAGACAUGGGCAAGCAGUUUAUUCAGAUCUUUUGCCUUUACUUUUUCUACUGCAUCAAUGAACACGGUCAAAGAAUUUGUUAAGCAAAAGAUCAGUUUAGUGUCUCAUGUUGCUGUGGCUAAGUAAAACAACCACAAUAUUGCAUUGUGUAACCCCAUCUCCGACCUUGCGGUUGCGAAUGAAAAGAAUUUCAUUUGUUUUUCUACCUGAAAUGAGCGACUUUUCGGUUCAUUUUGAGCCUCACUUUUAAAUCGAGGAAUAUACGUUUAAUCAACGCCAUACAUAACGCACACAAGUCCUCACUUCUUCUUUUUUUUUUGGUAACAUCUUUUUAUUAAGCAUUUUAUAUACCUUUGCAUAUGUAACAUGUAAUUAAAAAUACAGAUUGAUUUGUUUUGCUUCUCUUGUAUCUUUGUGAAUUUAUAGUAAUCAUUGAUACUUGUUUGCUCGUCUUGUGUCCAGAAGCUUGUCGUGUGUAAGUUUUAGCAGAUUGGGGGACAGUAGCCAGAAAGUUUUUAAACUGUCUUUAGCAUUUAAUCACUGAAUGUUUUGGAUUUUGACCAUGUAGUUUAUCGAUUACAUGAGCUAGCUUAAUCUGUAAUGAUACAGUAUUCGAUCUCAUAUGAAAACUUUCUUCAUGGAUUUGUUCUCAGUAACUUUUUUUGUUUUGUUUUGAGCGGACGGGGGAAUAUUUUCCGCUAUUUUUAAAGAUUCAGGUUGAGAAACCUUACAAGCUAUGUUGAUGGACAAUUAGAAAUGCCUUGCUUGUACAUUUUCCUUAUUAUUUUGCUGUCUGAAAUCCCUGUAUGUCUUGUUUCAUUUUGAAGUUUUUAAUCCUCAAUUUUAACCAUGAAUUAACUUUUUUUUUCUUUUUUUAAACAGAAAUACAAUAAAACUGAGUGUAUGAUCAUGUAGCCAAGUAAACCAUUCAGUUUAUUUUCUUUAAGAACAAGACAGCAGAAACGGACCCAAUCGAAUGGCAUUAAAAUAUUAUAACCCAGCUCUGUGUGAAUGAGUGUAUAUCCCCAUUGGCGGAUUGGCGUAACAUCUAGGAAGCCUGGACUGUCCCUUCCUCGCUGUGACCUUAAAUUCCAGUAUCUAUAUUAUUACAAACAUGCUGUAACGUUACUUAAGCUGUCUUUUGCCUUUGCAUAAUUACAUAAUUAUGCAGCUAAAUGACAUUUCUUUCUUUGGACCAUUUAUUAAAUCAGUUAGCUUACGAUUUUAACCAUGAGUAAAGUGAAAGAGCCCUUCACAACGUGUUACUUUAGAUUUGUAAUGUAGAAGUAAACUAAGGGCACAUUUUGUAGUGAAGUUGACCAACAGUGUUAAGCCCUUAGUUUACUGCUACAUUACAAGGCUAAUAUUUUGCUGAAGGCUGUGAAAAAGACAACACCUGAAACACCUCCUACUUUCUGAAACUCUCUCACUUCUGUUCCCUGUGAUGGUUUUCUCACCCACCACCUCCAUUCCUCCCCGUUCCCUCACCAUCCUACACCCAUGGCUCUGUUUUUUAAAAAAAAAAAAAAGUGAACUCAGACUUCCCUCCUCUUUUCCAAUUUCAUAAUGUUUCCUCACACUGCUGUUCUUUGAAGACAUGGCCUGUGUUUCAGUGGAGUUGAAUUUUAACAAUAGUGGCUACUGUAUGCUCUUAUAAAGAGUAAAGAUCGAGAGAGUAAAAAGCUUGUUGUACUUUCUAUGCUUCACUGAUACAAAUGUACUGUAAUAAAUGAUAUAAAUUUA